AUGGAUGGCUACGGCGAUUUUGACAAGCUGAACAAAUCUCUACCUCUGCAAUGCUGCAAUAUGACGACCGUUUCGUGUGAUUCUAAGGCAGCCCAAGCUGCUAAUGUGUCAGGAUGUAGAGACAAAAUUGUCAAAUUCACCUCAGACAAUAUGAUGACUUUUAUGUACAUCUCCAUUGCCGCUAUUCUAUUGCAGGCCGCACUCAUCGUAAUUGUGAUGCUCACGAUUUGCUUGUAA